CUGAGGGGACCGACCCAGAAGACCCUCAGACCCGCAGACAGACCGACAGACAGGUGAUGAAGAUGCUCUCCUCCUCGCGCCUCCUCCUGCUCCUCCUCUCCCUCAGCGCCUCCUUCAGCUGCUGCUCCGCCGCUCAGAGAGACUCCAGAGUCCGACUGCUGCUGCACCGAACCCCGCUGCAGAGCUCCAGACAGGACAUGUCUCGGGCCUCGCUGGCGGAGCUGCUCCUGUCGGACCUCCUGCAGGUGGAGAACGAGGCUCUGGAGGAGGACAACUUCCCUCUGGCUGAAGGAGGACCUGAGGACGUCCACAUGGAUCUGGAACGAGCCGCCGCCGCCGGCGGCGGGCCGCUGCUCGCCCCCCGAGAGAGAAAAGCCGGCUGCAAGAACUUCUUCUGGAAGACCUUCACUUCCUGCUGAGAGCCUCGUCAUCCUCAUCGUCCCUCCAUCUUCAUCUUCACUCCUCCUGCAGACUCUGUACAGAAACUGUGGAUCCGACCAGCGACGAGUAGUCGGGAUGAAUUGUUUAGACUUUCCUGAUCUGAUUCUUUCUGAAUGUAAACUGGAUGAAACUAUUUUUAAUUGUCGGUUUGAAUAAAAUCUGUUUGAGACUAAA